UUCGUCCUCGCCCACUUGACGCAGCUCGUCCUCGCUGUCGACGCCCUCGUCGCCAAGAACACGAUCCAGGUCGUCGCGCUCGCCAUCCUCAACGGCCUCCUCGCCGUCUACGCCGGCAUCCAGAUCGCCGACAUUCGCUCGCUCGUGUCGGGCUACCUCGCCAUCUUGAUCUGGUGCAUCCCGGCAAUGAUCACGCUCACGCAGCUCGUGUACCUCGCCUGCCUGUGGCCUAUCUGGCGCGAGUUCGGCUGGUCCGUGUUCAAGGCCAUCGGCGCCGACCGCCGCGUCAAGAAGAGCUACGCCUGGUACCAGGUCUUCAUCUGCGUCCUCAAGUUUGACCUCUUCUUCUUCAUCGCCUUCUCGCUCCAGCUCGUCUUCCUCGUCCCGACCCAGACGGACGCCGAGCGCUGGAUCACAGUCGCCGCCCUCCCCGUCACGUCCGGCAUGCUCCUCCUCGGCUUCCUCGCCGUCAAGCACGAGAACCGCACCGGGUACUGGUGCUUCCUCGCGAGCUGCGCCCUCGGGUCGGCCUACUUUAUCUACAAGCUGUUCAUCAUCUACCGCGACCGCGAGACCGACUACCGCCUCGUGUUCAAGUCGCUCACCGUCUUUGCCGCCCUGUGCCUCGCCGCGCUCAUCCUCACGACGGUCACCGUCACCGUGUGCUACAGGCACUUUGGCCGAGGGCUCAAGUACCACAGUGCGUCGCGUCGUCCUGUUCCGUCUCUCGUACCGAGCGCGCUCACACCCCUCUCGUCGCGCGCCCACAGUGUCUCGAGGCGACCUCCUGCGCUCCGAGUCGGUCCUCGAGCUCAAGCCUACCACCGCCGACGACCCGGCGAGCAAAGCCGAGCUCGAGGCCGGUCCUGCGACGCCGGGAGCACAGCGGUACGACGACGACCCGCAGCUGGCGGCGACGGCGAGCGCAAUGCCGUACGCUGGGCGGAACCGGUUCCGCAUGAGCAUGGACUGAGCGAGGGACCUGUAGCUAGAGGAGACCUUCGCGUUGGCGUGUUGUACUCUCUGUUCUCUCACUCGGCUCGCGAGAGAGGCUCCUUUUGA